AUGGCAGGAAAAUCUCACUUGGGAGAGUCUGAAACAAAGCGACGGUACAUUGGGGUGAUGAUGCUGACACUUACCCCAAGCAUAAUUUCAGAACUGAAGCUGCAUGACCCCGCCUUCCCAGACAUUCUCCAAGGGAUUCUGAUCCACCGGAUCAUCAUGGGUUCCCCAGCCGACCGGGCGGGGAUGAAACCUGGUGACGUUGUGGUGGAGAUCAACAACGCAGUGGUGCGGACAGCAGAGGAGGUCUACUGUGUCGUGUGCAGUAGCGAUAGCCUUGGCGUGGUGGUGAGGAGGGGUUGUGACCUACUCAGGCUGCACAUUACCCCAGAGUUGACCGAGUGACCUCUUUGCGGAAGUUUACUUUUCACCCAGCUAACUACCAAAUAAUGUAACAAAGUAACAUCA